GUGUGUUUCUGAAGCAGCAACAGUCAGGGUUUUUACCUUGUUUGUGUCAGGAUUUGUGGGUUUUCUGUGGAACCUUUUGUUUAUUUUGAGUGAAAAGGAAACCGUGGACUAUGCUGCAACAUCACUGGCUGAGCUUAUUUCUACAGUUACUACUUUUAUCACCAAUAACACUGCUCCUGGUACUACUACAGAUAGCAUCAGUACGCUGCCCACAUCAGACUGGUGGAGGGUUAUAGGAGGAGGCCUCUGCAGCCACAGGGCCACCAUGUGAUAGAAAUAUAGACACAACACCCACGGCUGUCCGGCCUCACAUGCCUGGUCCUGGACCUGCUGGUGUGAAGAAUGUGAAGCAUGCUUUCACUCUGCUGUGAAAAGAAAAAUGAGGACGCACUGUUGUCACUGGAAGAAGGGGCAGACUGACGGGACUGAUGGUUUGCCACAUGGCCCACGCUGGGGAAUUGUUUAUGUCCCUGUUGCAUGUGGGAGGAAGAUGCAGGAGUUUGUUUACUGAUGUUUGAGAUGUUGAGGAGUGUACCGUACUGACACACAGGGGCUGUUUCCUCCAGAGGGAAGGUCGUACGUCGUCGCAGGGAACAACAAGCCCAGGGAGAGGAGUCCAGAUAAGAGGGGCCACUACAGAGACCAGCACCAACCAGAGGAAUCCGAUCCAGACCUGCUGAUGGAGGAGGGACACGACAAUUCUACACAGAUCGUGGACUUUGAUCACGCCUACUAUAUAUCUAAAAUCUACGGUUCUGGAGACGCUGCCAGUAAAGAGCUGUGGGUGAACAUCGACGAGAUGGAAGGGGAUGAGUGGAAGGUCUGCGGCUUCCUGUCCAGCACCCACAGACAAGCCGAGAGAGUGAAUCUUUCCUUUGACUUCCCUUUCUACGGACAUAUACUAAAAGAAAUCACAGUGGCAACUGGAGGUUUCAUUUACACUGGAGAUAUAAUCCACCGAAUGCUCACAGCCACUCAGUACAUCGCCCCUCUAAUGGCGAAUCUUGACCCAAGUCUGUCCAAAAACUCUACUGUGUUUUACUUUGAUAACGGCACGGCACUGGUGGUUCAGUGGAACCGGAUCCACCUCCAGGACAACAUCAGUAUAGGAACUUUCACCUUCCAGGCCGUUCUUCACAGUGACGGACGGAUCGUCUUUGCAUACAAAGAGAUUCCUUUAGACAUCAACGACAUCAGCACCGAGAAUCAUCCUGUCAAAGUGGGCUUGUCGGAUGCUUUUGUGGUUCUUCAUGAGAUAGAGCAGAUCCCCAAUGUCUGGAGGAGAACCAUUUAUGAGUAUCACAAAGUCGACAUCCUCAAGUCCAAAAUCUCCAAUUCUACAGCUGUGGAGAUGCUGCCUCUCCCGACCUGUCUCCAGUUCUCCAGCUGCGGUCCAUGUGUCACUUCUCAGAUUGGCUUUAACUGCAGCUGGUGCAGUCGGCUACAAAGAUGCUCCAGUGGCUUCGAUCGUAACCGGCAGGACUGGGUCGACCUCGGCUGCCCGGAUGAGAGGAGAGAUCCCCGGUGUCUCCGCAUGACAGACGUCACAAACACCACAUCUCGCCAUCUCACACGUACGACCACUCCUGUUACAGCGACCACAAUGCAGCAGAGGACCUCCAGCACGACCUCCACCCCCCUCAGCAAGACGUCCACCGUCACCAACCCCUCAACACACAGCAGCACAAGAAUAAUAUCCACUCCACAGCCUCCAACCAGCAAACCUGCAGAAGAUGACACAAACAUCUCUUUGCACAUCAAUGAAGCACCAGGAGACCAGGAGACCACAGGAGAGAUUGAUGAGCGGCCGCAGACUGGUCUGCUGGCGGGCAUCGUCAUGGUGAUGGUCAUCAUGGGAGCAGCCGUCCUUAUGUCUGUUUACAUGUACAACCACCCCACAUCCAGUGCCAGCCUCUUCUUCAUGGAGCGGCGGCCGACCCGCUGGCCAAUCAUGAAGUUCAGGCGGGGCUCCGGUCACCCUUCUUAUGCUGAGGUGGAGGCUCCUGGUCAGGACAAGGACAACACGGUGGUCAUCGACCCCAAACAGUCUUUUGUCAUGUCAGACAGCAGAGAGAGUGACCAGAAAGAAGGAUUCAUAGUUCCUGAUCAGAGGGAGCGCUUCCUAGUCUCAGAGAGCUGACCAGAACUACGUUUCCCAGAAGGCGUUGGGACAGAGCUGGAUCUCUAUAGAGAGGCGAAGUCCCACCCUUUCUGGUGGACCACCAUGGGACCACAUUUCGUAGAAAAGGUGAACGGUAGUCAAUGGCGAGAGACAAAUAUUUUUUGAUCCCGUUUGAAUUGCGCCAUGAAUCACACACGUUUGAAUUUUGCAAGUCAAGACAGUCACAGGUAGUUGUAAAACUGUUGAAAUAUAAGACUGAA